AUGAGUGUGGCUCCAAUCACCACAACGCCAGCCCAUUUUGACUAUUUGGAUACUCCACAGUCAUCCUUUUGCAUAAACGCGUUAAGGCCCACACCUGAAGUCAGCUUAGACAUUGAAAGUCUACCAAGGCAAAAGCCCAACAUUGUCACCUUUAGUGAGGAGGAAGAGCAUUCUAACGGUAUUCGUAAGCCUCUCAGUGGCGAACGACCUCAUACAAGCGAUUCUUUUUCUAAUUUCGGUAAACGCUUCACGAAAAGAGCUUCGCAGAUCAUACUGGAGGUUCCGGUUGCAAAACUUCGAAAACUCAAUGAAACUGAGGGAAUCAGCAGUUGGCGAAGAGAAACAAAACAUUUCGCCGACAAUACAACCUUACAUGGCCCUAAACGUGUAUUCUAUGGUAAAGGGAGGUCCACGAUAUUCUGGGCGGCAUGUUGCCUCUUCUCCAUUACUUUCUUCAUUUAUCAAGUUGUUGUCUUAUUGAUUAUGUAUUUCAAUACUCCUACAGUAUCUCAAGUUUCGUUCAUAAUGAACGAUAACGGCUUAGCUUUUCCUAUGACAACUGUAUGCAAUUUCAAUCCUCUCAAGAAAACUUAUAUCAAAGAAUUGAACAAAACGGGAGAUUUCUCAGAUGUUCUAUUAGAUUAUCUAAUGCUUACCAAUGAAGAUGUACAAAUCUUAUAUGGUAAUGUUGAUCGAGCUCAACUCCAAUUGGGAGAUGGUGAACUCAAUCUAUACCAGCAGAAUCAUCCAAACUUCACAACAGAAGGAUUCUAUAUGGAUGCAGGCUUUGAAUGUGAAGAAAUCGUAAAAAUUUGUACUUUUGGUGGUCGACAGUUCGAUUGUUGUAAAUAUAUGACACCGGUAUUAACCAAUAUGGGCAAAUGCUAUACUCUGAAUCUACAGGAUUCGGGGCAAGAGUGGCUCGAAAAGCAAACAACCUCUGGGGUUAAUGCUGGCUUAGAAAUUAUCCUCGACACUCAUUUAGAAGAACAAUUUGAUGGAACUGAAGAACUUGAAGCUGAACCCAUCUUCUACAGUAACUAUGAGAAUGGCUAUAGGUUUUAUGUGCAUCCUAUCAAUACCAUUCCAUAUUUCUCAUCUGAAGGUAUUUCUGUAUCACCUUCAGUUCGAGUUUAUUCUGCCAUUAUAACUGAGAAGUACGUUCUGUUGCCAUCUGAUCAUUGGGGUAACUGUACAGAUCAUUGGCCUUUAGGCUACGAUACAAAGCUGCCUUACACAUCUGACAAUUGCGCGUCUCUGUGUAAAGCAAAAUUCUUCCAUAACAAGUGUGGAUGUAGUCCUUUCACUUUCAACAUUGAUAACUCAUUUCCUUUAUGUACACCUUAUCAAACGAGUAUUUGUAUUGAUAAAUUCGUCCGAGUGAGCGUUAACGGAACUGAUUAUUACCGAAUGCCUAAAUGUUCCGAGUGUAAAAUGGAAUGUGAUAGAACCGUGUAUCACGCCUUCAACUCAUAUGGCCACGGUUUCAGUAAUGGCGCUUUGAAAUGGCUCAGUUCAAAAAACCGUGAUUGGACCAUUCCGCAUAUUAAAAGCAACUUUUUAACGAUUAACGUCUUCUUCCGUGAAAUGGGUCACACAGAAUACACACAGGUUCAAGCAACGUCAUUGACGGAAACUCUUAGUGAAAUUGGUGGUAAUAUGGGUAUGUUCAUGGGAAUGAGUUUGAUCACUGUCAUGGAAGUAACUUUGUAUCUUUCAAAAGUUAGUUGGAUAAUCAUUUCCAAAAAGAGAAGAGAUUAUAUGUAUCAGAAGAAGAAGAAGGAGGAGGAAAAACAAAAACAACUGGAAGAAACUGUUUCUCAAUUCAAUCAGCUUCGAACACGCAAAGCAUCGGGAGAGUCUUUCAGAAAGACCCGCGAAGUCAUACGAGACUUGCGAAGAAAAAUUAGUAACAGCAUCUCUGAAAGAACAAGAACUUUAAGUUCAUCCAACCGGAAGCCCACAAACUCCAUAUCGUCAUCAAUAGACCAGAGAGAAGCCGAUAUGGAAUCACAGCGUAAGAACUUCAUGAAUAACAAACGGAAAUCGAGUAUGUAUGAAGAUCAUCGGUCUUCGGAAGACAGUUCGAAAUCUGUGAUGCAAUUCCGAGUGAAUAUUGACGAUCUGUACAGAAGUCUUCAUCAAAAUAAUAUUCCAAUAAACGUCAAUGAAAUACGACGACGCUCAAACACAGUACCUUCAACGCCAACCUUCUACUUGGAGCAGUAUAGUCCGCCAAGCGAACGACGGUCAAAUAAUUGCCCCUCCGUGGAAUUUUAA